AUGUCUCAACUACCAAGAUACACUGGCGGCAAGCCUGUUAUAAAAUCCACGUCUACUGUAACUAGCAGAACUCCUGCAGGAGGCGUUAGAACUACAACAACCACCAAUAUCAGGCAAUUGGAGCCUUGACCGAGUAUUGGGCAAGGAUCGUGUCCACCCACCUGUACGUCCCAAACUGGAAGCUCAAUGAGACGCAGACAACAUACUAGCAGAGCUGGACCACCACAGCAGCCGAGACCUCAAAUGCCGACUAUGCCUGGACAAUACAGCGUGCCAGCGCAAUACGGGCCAAUGUCCCUUCAAGGAAAAGGUACGGUGUAUUCUAGUCCUCAAGAUUUAAGAGGGCGAAUGGAGUCUAGAAUACCUAAGAAUGUGAAAUACGAGAGAAUAGGUGCUGAUGCAGAGUCUAGGCCUAGAACUGCAAUGGGAGGCGCACUGGCUGAUACUUUUUCUGGAAACUUUAACGUCUAUGGUGGACAAGUGAUGGAUCAAGAAGCUACAAUGAGAAGUAGAGACUUGAAUGAGAGGUUGUUGUGGCGUUAUCGAUUCAACAAGAAGUAUAAUAUUUUCAUAGUUUUGAAUAUAUUUCGAGUAUUUGAGUGUAAUUUAUUUCAAAGAACAAUGAGUAACAAAUGUUAUUAUCCCAAAGGUGGAUUUUUAAAUUCCAAUAUUAAAGAUAAUCCCGAUAUAGCUCCUUUACCAGUAGAUCUAUCCAGACAAAUUACGUCACUUUUUGAUCUCAAAAAGCGCAAACAAGAACGAAUAUCGGAAUAUAUGUGUCGAAACAUUCGUAAAACAAAGCUAAGAGCUUUGAAGAGGAUGGCCAAAACAGAUGUUGCUAGUGUUACUAGACCUUUGACUAGUAAGGAAUUUCGUGCCUUUUCUGAGAAUUGUUCUAUAACUAAUAUGUCUAGGUACCAAGAAAAAUGUAUUCGUAGUAAAAUAAACAGUGGAGGCUUGGAGAAAACGUUUCCUCGUCUUAUUGAUGAUAUUAUCAAAGAAACAAAAACAGAAUUCAAAAAAAUUACUCAUUGUGCAGGAGUUAAUUUAAAAAUCAAAGAGAAAGAAGAUGAUUUUACGAUAGAAAAUUAUAAGUUUUUGGGUAAAACUCAAAAUUACGACAAAUUUUUGUGUAUUAGAAAACAGUUUAGUAUGAGAUGGAUUUUGCACUAUAAGAUAAUGAGGAUGUUUCUAAGAGAAUGCGUAUUGGGUUUGCCAUAUGUGCUAUUUGAAAUUGAAAUUCCGAAGGUUUUGGAUAUAGAAGACAUACAGUAUAUUUUUAGAGAAAAAAUUAAUUCCUCGGCAGCUAUUUUACAUGAUUUCCACAAAAGUAUAUCUUCACUUUUUGAUAAAAUUGAUGCCAUUUUCAAAAAACGUCCUUCCAAAUUCUUACCUGCUUGUACGGGCCUAUUCUCUAUAUACGUCAGUAGAUGUAUUGCUCAUACAAUUGAAGAACUCGUAAAAUUUACAGAAACAGUUGAUUUACCUCCAUAUUUGAAGCUAUACGUAGACUUUGAGGCAAAUUUGAUUUUAACACCUACAGCAGAACAAGUUAUAGAAAUGUUUGACAAGCUUUUGGAAAGCGUUAUUUGUGUUGGCAUGGAUUUAAACGUAAUGGAAAAGGGACACAUUAAAGGAUACGAAUCAAAAAAAGUUUGUUUAGGACUUACGGAUGAGUUUAUUGAAAAAUCCAAGAAAACUAUCGUUGAUAACAUUACAAAGCUUUAUGAGCCUAUAUUGAAGUACUUAGAAAUACUUGAAUCUGAAUUUCAGGAAACCUAUGCAGACAUCAACUCUGAGACUUUGUCUUGUUGUAUAGACGUUCUGUUUGAUGAUGGCUGUAAAAAAAUACAGUAUUACAAAAAUUAUAUUCGUAAAGUAGCCUAUAUUCCUGACAACGAGUACUUUCGUAUAGGACAAUUGGAUUUGACAAAUUACAGAGAAAAAUUACACGACAGUUUGCAAACAAUUGCAGAUUCGAUUUUCAACAAUUUAUCCUUACAACACUUCUGGGAAGUUAAUGAUAUUUGUGAUAGUUUCUUGCUGAUUCAGAUAAGAGCCACUCAAAAACCUGUCACUACAGAAGAGUUGAUAGAAAUUGGUAAAUUUAUGGCUUGGGUACGAAAUGAACAACUAGAAUCCUUAAACCAAAGAGUCAUUGACUCGUUAUUAUCAUUAUGCAAUAUAAUUACUUUGGGAAUUUUGGAUGAGGAUCAUAUGAAUCUAAAUUCAAUUGCUAUGAAUUGGAUGAGCAAUAUAAUACCGAUAAUUGAAAAACACUCGAUUAACUAUGAACAGUUGAAAUUUGAAGCGGAAGAAAAACUUCAAAAAGUAAUUGAAGAUAUUAACGUGCUUAUAACAGAUAUGUAUCCGAUUUUGGUUAUUUUGGAUGAAAUGGACGACAUUAAGCGCGCCAGAAAUCAUUUGAAUAAAAUUACAUUACACAUGAGUAAAAUAAAGGAAAAAGUUGAGACAAGCUCAAGACGAAAAUCUACCUGUUCGGUAUGUAAUGACUUCUUGCUUAAUUUAAAUAAUCUUGCGGAUUGUAGAUUCAAAGGUACUGUAGACGAUCCUGAUAUCCUAAACUGGCCGGCUCCUCUAAAACUAUGCGGAAUGUCGCUCAAUAUUUUGGAGGAAUUUAAACCUUCUUUGGCUGUGAUGAAAAUUAUGUGUAACAAAAAUUUGAGGCCGAGACAUUGGAACGCUAUUUCGGAAAUUGCUGGACUAAAUCUUAUGCCAAAUGCUGGCACCACCCUCAAAAAAAUGAUGGAACACGAUCUGCAAAAAAAUCUGGAAGAAUACGAAAUAAUCUCAACGUGUGCCACCAAAGAACAACAACUACUCGACAACCUAAACGUGUUGAAAGCCAAAUGGGACGAUAUCCAUUUCGUCAUAGAUAAAAACAAAGACAACAUCUGGAUUUUGAUUCAAUUAGAAGAGGUUCAAACAAUCGUCGACGAACACAUGAUCAAAAUCCUAACAAUGCGCAGUUCGGUGUUUGUAAAACCUUACGAAACAGAAGUUUCAGGUUUUUACGACACAAUUCUGAAAAUCCUGUCAGUGUUAAACGAUUGGAACAUUUUACAAAACGCAUAUUUGAAAUUAUUUCCAAUAUUUGCCAUUGAAGAUGUUAUUCAUCACGUCCCUAACGAGCAAAAACACUUCAAAAAUUGCGACUUGGUUUUUCUAAAAUAUACAAGAUUUAUAAAAGAAAACUCUAAAGUCAUCGAUUUGGUCUCUAAAACUGAUAUUGUGGAAGAUUUAAAGCAAUCGCUUAGUAUUCUGGAAAUAGUGCAAAAAGGUGUGGACGCUUAUUUGGAAAUUACCAGACUUAGAUGUCCAAGACUGUAUUUGAUUUCUAAUGAGGAGCUCAUCAAUCUUACGGCUAGUAAUAGUGACUUUUCCGAUGAAAGGAUUUUCGUUAGGAUUUUUCCUGGAAUUAAACGAGUGAAGUUUAUUAACAAACACAUUACAUCAAUUUUUAGUGCAUCCAAUGAAGAAGUCGUAUUGAAAAAUCCCAUUAAUUUAUCUCUCCAUAAAAAUGUGGAUGAGAUUGUGUCAAAAUUGCAAGAAGAAAUGUUAUUUAUUAUGAAAUAUAGAACAGCCGAUUGUUAUAAAGUUUUCAAAAAAACUUCAAUGAAAAAUUUAUUGAAGAAAUACCCUCAACAAAGCUUACAAAUAAUGGCCCGUGUAUUCUGGACAGAUCAAGUUGAAAAUGCCCUAAAACUAUCCCACAAUAUCAGAUUAUUAAUUUGCAAAAGCAAAUUGGAAGCAAGUAUUGAAGAAAAAAUUGAUAUUAUUAAUAGAAAUCAGAUAUCUAACUUGGAACGUAUAGUUAUAAAAAAUCUGUUACUUACUGAUUUAAAUAAUCAAUAUUUGUUAAGUUCUUUUGUUAAAGAUGGAUUGGUUAUCGAUGAUAAUCACUUCGAGUGGCAAGUGCAACUUAGGUACUAUUUUGAAAAAUCCUUAUGCUCAAUUAAAAUAUUGAAUCACAGUUUAGAUUAUAGUUACGAAUACUUGGGCAAUACGGACCAACUCGUCUUAACACCAUUAACCGACAGAUGCAUUAUCACUUUAUUAAAUGCAUAUUUUUUCAAUUUUUACGGUCUACUUACAGGAGAUGGACAAACUGGAAAAAGUGUUACAUUGAAAUAUCUAGCAGACGCUUUGGGGAAAUUGUUUUCUUCUUUUAGUUGCAUUUCUGAGUUCACUUCCUCAGCUUUAUUGCAAUUACUUAAAGGCACUUUUUUGUGUGGUUCUUGGAUGUGCCUACAAAAUAUCGAUCAGCUUCAAGUGGAAGUGCUUUCAGUGAUUUCGCAAGAGUUGCUACAAAUAAUUGACUGCAAGAAAAAUCGAUCUAAAGAGAUAUUUUUUGAAGGUAUUAAAUUGCCUUUUGAUCAAACUUGUUUCAUUUUUGUGCAACUUUCCAGUGAAGCUGCUAGGAGGGUUAAAUUCCCAGAAAAUUUUAAGUCAAUGUUUAGAAGUUUUACUUUAUGUCAGCCCGAUUUGGAAGUGAUUAUUCAAAGUUUAUUAGCUUGUCAGGGAAUUGAGAACUAUAAGAGUUUUUCUAAAAUAAUUCAAGAGUGUUGCACACUUUUAGAAGAUAUUUUAGGCUUUCAAAAACAUUAUGUUUUUAAAUUAAGAGAAAUUAAGCAGGUUUUGAGGUUUUUCGAGAAAAAUAAGAGUUCAGAUAAGCAUUUCUUGACGAUACUUUGUAAUAGUUUUCGUAAUGCUUUAUUGCCAAGACUUUUGGAUAAGGAUUAUAAAAUUUUUGAAGACACACUUUCUGAUGUUUUUCAAGCAUACUAUGAACCAACAACUCAUUUAGAAAAUAAGGAUAUUGAACAAACACUGGCAAAUCUAAACUUAAAUCGCAAUCUCUACAUGGAUAAUAAAUUUAUUAAUAAACUCAUGGAUGUUUAUAAUACAAUGAAUUUCAAUACUGGACGCAAUGUUAUCCUUUUAGGUGACACUUACACUGGCAAGACAACCAUUUUGAAACUAUGCGCUCAGUUAUUUGAACCUCUCAACAUAAAAUUGCACAUUAUAAAUCCAAAAUGCAUCACUCAUAGGAAUUUAAUUGGUGAAACAUCAACGAACAAAAACGUAAGAUGGUCUGAUGGAAUUUUGCUUAAAAUUCUCAUAGAAGCAGGAAAUGAUGAGAAUAAUUUGAAUAAAUAUUGGAUAUUGUUUGAUGGCUACGUAGAUGAAAUAUGGACCAAAGAUUUUUUGAGCGUCUUGGAAAGUGGAAAGCUAUUUUUAGAAUCAUUGGAAACGAUAAUGUUUGGAGAACGGACAACUUUGAUAUUUGAAACGGCAGAUUUGGAUCAUUCAAGUCCAGCAAUGAUUUCUCGUUGUACAACAAUCUACUUUCCUCGUCGACUCCUGAACGACACUUCGCUAAUCGAAACCUGGCUGAACACCUGCAAAUCUGACUGGCUAAUCGACCAUAAAUCCCAAAUUGAAGCCUUACUUAAAUGGUUGGUCCCGCCAUGUUUGGAAGAAAUCGAGCAUUUACCAAAGUAUUGCGAUAUUGACGAUAAUAGCCUCACAAAAAACGCUAUGACCUAUUUCCAGUUGAUUCUGGACGAUGCUUGUUCGAAAAUUAACAGAAAAGACGAAGACCCGAAAAACAUGGUCUCGUGGAUACACGCCACAUUAAUUCAAGCAGGUAUUUGCGCAUUUCCCAGUGUUUUAACUCAUCAAUCUCGUCAAAAAUUUGACGAAUUUUAUAAACAACUUUGGAAGGGACAAAUUCACCCUUAUCCAAACUGUUUGGAAAGACUUGAAGUUAGUAUACCGACUGAAGGCUUUUUAUUUGACUAUUGUUAUCUUUAUAAGCAAAGAGGUACUUGGAAGCAGUGGUCGGAUUUACUUAAAAACGAAAAACUAAUUGAAAAUCAAUAUUUAAGUAGUUGCAUCGUACCAACAGUAGACACUAUGAGGUGUAACUUUUUAUUAGACUUGCAUAUUAAAUAUAAAAAGCAAUUUUUAAUAAAUGGCCCUAAAGGUACAGGCAAAUCUAUAGCUCUCAGAGAUUGCUACAUCAAUAGAUUACCAGACAGGGAAUUUGAAAAAGGCCUUAUAACAAUCAACAGACAUUUAACUGGUAAUAGCUUACAAAAAUUAUUACUGUCAAAAUUGAGUAAAGGCAGAUCAGGGGAUUAUUCUGCAACCUCGAACAAGCGCUUCAUAUGUUUUAUAGAUGAUCUUCAAUAUGCUGCUAAAGAUCGAAAUAACAUUUCAAGCGUCAUCGAGCUUAUUCGUCAACAUUUAGACCAUAAUUUGUGGUAUGAUUUGAAAACAUUAACAAACAUUUCUCUAGAAAAAAUAAAUUUUGUCGCCUCAGUGGGUUUUGCAGGCGACAAACCCCCGCCAAAAAGAUUCAUGCGACAUUUCACCGUACUAGGAGUAAACGAGUUUUCACAUGAGAGCAUCACAAAAAUUUACUCCCAAAACUUAAUGCAGCUAUGGAAAAAGUCUGGAUUUCCUAGUGACAUGAUAACGGUGGUUAAUCAAAUUGUAAACGCUUCGUUACAGACUUAUUUACAUGUCCUGCAAAAUAUGAAAGCCACUUUGAAUAAGAGCCAUUAUGUGUUUGAUAUUUUCAGCUUAUCCAAAGUGAUUCACGGUUGUUCUUUUUUGAAAAAGGAAACUUACGACAGCAACAAGAAGAUUUACAUUAAAUUGUGGGUGCACGAGAUUUUCAGAAUUUAUUCUGAUAGAUUGUUUAUAGAAGAUAUUAGGAAUUUGACUAUGUAUUUGAAAGAGGCUAUUGUGGAACAUUUUUCUCCGGAAGAAUUGAGUGAUAUUUUUCCUAACUACGAUGAUCCAAUGCCAUUUUCUAAAGUUUUCUUUGGCACUUUUCCCGAUAAGGAUUUAGAUAUAAGCCAUAGACAUUAUGAUGAAAUUAACUUUCAACAUUUAAAAGACUUGUGCUUGCAAAAUCUGCAAGACUUCAAUGGAAAAUAUCGUUUUAAGCUUGACUUAAUAUUUUUCAAUUAUUCACUUGAAAAAUUAGCAAGAAUAUGUCGUAUAUUAUCAAUACCUAAUGAAAACGCUUUAUUACUUGGCGUUACUGGAUGUGGUAGGCAAUCUCUAGUUAAAUUUGCUAGUUUUUUUUAUAAGCAUGAUUAUUUCCAGGCAGUUAUUACUAGAGAUUAUAAUAUGAAAAGUUGGGCUAGUGAUUUUAAGCAUGUCUUGAAGCUUUGUGGUGGACUGAAUACAAAAUGCACUUUUUUUGUGUCUGAGGAUCAGUUGAUAAACGAGAACUUUUUUGAAAUAAUUGAUCAUUACAUUAGAGAUGGUGAAGCUACUGAUUUAUAUGACAUAGACGAAAAACAGGAUGUUUUAGAGCUAUCCAGACUUGCCGCGCAAGGAGGCAAUAGAAAUCUCGACAUAAGUACUCACAAGGUAUUUCUCUAUUUCAACAAAAAAUGUCGCGAAAAUUUCCAUCUAUUUCUAUCGCUAAACUCUACUACAGAUAAUUUGAGAAGAAGAAUUUUAAAGUAUCCUGCCUUAGUUUCAAGGCUAACUAUAAUUUUUUGGAAAGACUGGCCCGAUGAUGCGUUGCAAAGCGUUGCCAAAUACUGGAUGAAAAGUUUGGAUUUAGAUGCAGACAUCAAAGAGAAAACUAUCUCAGCUGCAAUUUAUUUCCACAGAAUAUCACAAACUGUAAAAUCAAUAUCAGUAACACCAAAGUCCUAUAUUCAUUUGAACAAACUGUUCGUUGACUUGGUCUCCAAAAAACAAAACUCCCUAACAAUUAAAAUGAAAAGAUUCCAACAAGGUUUGUCCAAGCUCUCAUACGCAGCCACUCAAAUAUCUAACAUGCAAAAAGCCUUAGCCGAAUAUCAGCCUUUAUUAGAAGAAAUGACCAAAAAUGCCAUUGAAAUGACUGAACAAAUAGCCUUGGAAACUAUUCAGGUUGAAAAAGCUUCAGCUCUAGUUAGAAAAGAUGAAAAAAUUGCUAGUGAGCAAGCGGUUGUAGCGCAAGUUUUAAAAUCUGAAUGCGAAGCUGAACUGGCUCAAGCAAUACCUAUUUUAGAAGACGCCAUCUCGGCUCUAAAUACCCUUAAACCCUCUGACAUAACUUUAGUCAAGUCAAUGAAAAAUCCUCCGGAUGCAAUAAAACUUGUCAUGGCUUCAGUUUGUGUCAUAAAAGAUGUUAAGCCUGACCGAAUUCCUGAUCCUAGUACUGGAAGAAAAACUAUCGAUUACUGGGGUCCUUCAAAGAGAAUCUUAGGUGACAUGAACUUUUUGCAAACCCUCAAAGACUUUGACAAGGACCACAUCAAACCAGAAAUAAUGGUUAAAAUAAGAAAAGAAUAUUUACCACACAAAGACUUCAAACCGCAUGUAGUUGCAAAAGCUUCUAGCGCAGCUGAGGGACUUUGCAAAUGGAUUAUAGCAAUGGACAUGUACGAUAGAGUUGCUAAGGAAGUGGCCCCCAAAAAGGAAAAAUUGAAUAAGGCUGAAAGAGAGUAUGCAGAAACUAUGUUGAUUUUGAACGAAAAAAAAGAAGAGGUUGUUAGAAUUGAAGUUAAACUAGCUCAGCUUAAGGCCCUUUUAACUGAAGCUACAAAGAAGCAACUAAAACUGCAAGUUGAAGUUGAUUUGUGUAAUAAAAAGUUAAACAGUGCGCAAAAAUUGAUUGGAAGUUUAAGUGGAGAGAGGCAAAGAUGGACCGAAGCCUCAGAAAAUUUACAAAAACAUUAUGAUGUAUUAGCAGGUGAUGUUUUAGUUUCCAGUGCCUUUGUAGCAUAUUUGCCAUCAUUAAAUAAUGCUGAUAGAAAUAUUAUAUUAACGAAAUGGAGAGAUUAUAUUAAAGAUAACAGUAUACCGUGUACAGAUAAUUAUGAGUUUGGUGCAGUUUUAUCUGGUGAGGUUGAAAUGGAACAUUGGACCGAAUUCAGUUUACCUUCGGAUAGCUUUUUUAUUGAAAAUGGUAUCAUUUUCAAUAACUCUAAAUAUUUUCGCUUAUUAUUGGAUCCGCAUGGAAAAGCUCUGGAAUGGAUAACGAACUUUGAAGAUGGUAAUAAUAUGAUAAUUACUAAAUUUACUUUUGGGGAUUGGUUACAAGACCUAAAAUAUUGUAUUAUUAAUGGAAAACAUAUAUUAAUUAAAGAUACUAAAGGAUACAUUCCGCCUUGUUUGAAUUAUUUAGUUUACGGACAAAGUUUUGUUAAGGAAAAUGGAGAUUUGUUUAUUACAAUUGAUGGAGAGGAUUUGAGAAUGCACGAAAAUUUUAAAAUAUACAUUUUAUGUUGUAAGCCAAAUGUGUCUUAUAGUGCUGAACAGAAAAGUAGGUUAACGUUGAUUAAUUUUUCAUUGACUUCGAGCGCUCUGAAGGAAGAUGUUUUGAGAAUAGUGGUGGAAAUUGAAAAACCAGAAAUACGCAAAUUAUCCAAAGAGCUGGUGCAAAAAAAUAAAGAAAUUAAAGCUGAAUUAAAGGAGCUCGAAGUGAAAAUUUUAAAUACUUUAUGUGAAAGUCAGGCGGAUAUAUUGGAAGACGAAGAAAGUAUUCUUAUAUUGGAUGAAACUAAAGAAUUGACAAAAAUUGCUUUGGAAAAAAAAGCGCAGACUAUAAAGAUUGCAGAAGCAAUAGAAAGCUUCAAAGAGAAAUACAUCACAGUUGCAGAGCAUGUGGCAGGUUUAUUCUUUUGCAUUGACAAUCUUCAAAAAUUACACCACCUCUACCAAUUUUCACUGAAAUGGUUCAAAAACACAUAUUUCAUGUCCAUCUUAAACGCGGGCAAAUCAAGAGACUUAAAAAUCCGCUGUCAAAAUUUAUGUGAUACGUUCACCUAUGAUUUAUAUAAAAGCGUCAGCAAAGGGCUGUUUGAAAAGGAUAAAACUUUAUUCACUUUUUGGCUUGCCAUUGAAAUGGCUGCCAGCAAAAACUUGAUAACGAAAGAAGAAAUUAUGAUGUUUUUUAACGUGGAUCAAUUCAAAGUUGCUAUCGAUAAAAACAGUAAACCUGAAUGGGUUUCAGACGAGCAGUGGGCAAAUUUACACAAAAUUGAACAAUUAGAUGUAUUUAAGGGUAUUUUGAAGCAUUUUAGAGAAGAUGCUAAUUGGCAAAUAUACCUUGAAACUUCAUAUUCACAGAUACCACAUAAAAUGUAUAAAAAUUUUGCCAAACUAAUCUUGAUUCAAGCACUUAAACCUAACGAACUAUACGCAGAACUAAUAUAUUUCAUUAAGGAAAUUUUAGGCCAAAAAUUCUUGAUGCCAAUGUUCUUUAACAUACAAGAAGUUUACAAUGAAUCUUAUAGUUUAUCUCCGGUACUGUUUAUCUCAACUCCUGGAUUAAAUGUUUUGAAUAUUUUAUACAAUUUUGCAAACACUAAGCAAGUUUUACAUAAAUUUCACCAUUUAAGUUUGGAUAAUUGUAAUUUGGAACAAGGUGAAAAAUUAAUUAUGCAAGGCAAAAAGGAAGGCUGUUGGAUUUUGCUUCAAAAUUGCCAGUAUACUAAAGAGUGGUUGUAUCGGUUGGAGCAGAAUCUACAAAAUAUGGAUUAUGAUAAUACGAACGAAAAUUUUAGGUUGUUUCUGACCAUCGAUGAAGUUCAUGAAAUUCCUUUGGAACUUUUACAGAAUUCUAUUAAGAUAAUUGAUGAAUCCCCUGGUAGUUUACGUGAGAGUUUAUUGAAAAUUUAUGAAAAACCUCCUAUAAUGAUUGAUGAUUUUUUUUAUGGAUGUCCUGGACAACAAGAAGUAUUUUCGAAAUUACUGUACAGUUUAUGUCAUUUUCAUUUUCUCAUUCAAAAACGUCAGAAGUUUUCAAACUGGAAUAUACAGUAUAAAUUUGAUGAUUCUAAUCUCAUGUUAUCUUUGGAGUUUUUAAGAAAGAUUGUUAAUGAACAAAGUUGCCUCUUUGAAAAAAUUUAUUAUCUUAUUGGAGAGUGUAAUUACAACAGCUACUUGCACAACGAAUGCGAAAAAUCCUUCAUCAUUGAAAUGUUGAAAGAUUGCAUAAAUCCUAAAAUGUUUGAAAAAUAUUCGGGCUUAUUCAACAACGUCAAACAAUAUGAGUUGCCAACAAAAAACGACAAAAGAGACUAUUUGAAUCAUAUUUAUAAUUUGCCAGAGCAAGAACCUCCAGAAGUUUUGUAUUUAACUGAAAGUGAAAUGUUGGAGUAUAAUAUAAAUAGAACUAAGAGUUUUUUGACUUUGGGCUCAAAAUUUGUUGAAACUAAAGAGGGAUGUGUGUUGAGUAAAAACGAGUUCAAAAUUUUAUGUAUCAUUGAUGAUUUGUUAAAUAUAUUUCCUGAAACUGUUAAAAAUAAUGAAUGUAAUAUUGAAUUCAUUCUUACAGAAAUAAGGCUUUAUAAUAGCCUUUUGAGAACUAUAAAAAAAAGUUUGCGAAAUUUGAAAGCAGCUUUUGGAGGCGAUUGCAGUUUUGAUACAGACCUUAUAGAUAUGACUUCAUCUUUGUCGCAAAAUCAAAUUCCAAAAAUUUGGUUAAAGUAUUGCUUUCCAACUUUGACAAAUUUAUCAAAAUUCUCCGAAAACGUGUGUUAUAACAUGAAUCAACAAACUGCUGACGAACUAUUCGCUAUGGGAAGCCCAGAAGUUUCUAUGGGUAAGUCAGAGUGUCGUUUCUCGUAA